CAAUCAGCGGUAGAAGGGGGCGAGCCGAGCCGGCCCGGAUAGAACCCGGCUCCCGCACGGUGCCCCCGCCCCGCUGGCCGGGGUAAGCCCCUCUCCGCCGUGUCUGGGCCGGGCCCAGGGUGGGAGCCGCCCCCGGCAGGAGGCCCUGGAGGGGCGUGUUUGGCCGUAACCCUGGAAACCACCAGCAGCCGCCGCUUGUUUGGCAAGUGGCACUUCGGCUGCGGCCGGGGCCACCUGUAUAUUUCAGGGUCUCUAUCCUACUAUGUACAUUCUCAGAUUUAAUAGACAUGUCGGACAUAGCUAAGGAUAAGGCAGCACGCCUGCUAAAGAAAAGAGGCAGCGUAUCCUCUCUAAGCAGUCAUGAAGUAAGAGCAAAAGAAAUCACUGGAAAAAACAAAGACUCCAUGAGUACAGUAUCUUAUAUGGAUGAACCUGGCCAUGAUAUUCCUCGUCUUUCCAUUCAGUUGGAGAACACUUAUCAGCUGGGUCCUGCAAAACGUUUUCCAGUGGUCACAGUAAAUAAUAUUUUGAAGGAUGUGCUGACUAAUUAUCUUCAAGAAGAAAAAUAUGAAGCAGAGCUAUGCAGACAAAUGACCAAGACCAUCUCUGAGGUUAUUAAGGCUCGGGUAAAAGACCUUAUGAUACCAAGGUACAAAAUUAUUGUGAUUGUACAUAUUGGACAACUAAAUGAACAGAGCAUGCGAAUUGGAAGCAGAUGCAUUUGGGAUCCUGCGAGUGAUACAUUUUCAUCGUAUGCUUUCAAAAAUACUUCCCUGUUUGGUCUUGCAAAUGUCUAUGCUGUUUAUUUUGAAUAAUGAAAAGCUCUAGUUUAUCAGUGGAAGAAAAAUAUCUAACUUACCAUGUUUAUAUUGUAGAAAAACUGUUAGAAGACAGUCAGUUUACAUUUGUUUUAAAAUGGGGGAAAUAAGCCUUUCAGUGGUAAAUGUAAUAAUCAUGCACACUUAAACCAUUUUCUACUCUUGCUACUUUCCACAGGAAAUGAUUCAUACUAAAAUGACAUUUUGCACCUGACUCUUUAAUUGUUUUUUAGAACCACAUAUCACUGUAUUAACUUGUAUCAUUGUUAUUUGCUCUAAUUAAAUCCUGGUCCUCAGUUUCAGUCCCAAGUAAAAGGGCUUUGUGCAUAAGGCCAAUAUGGGAUUUGCAGAAGUAAAAAAAAUCCUUCCCUUCCACCCUCAUCUUGGAGUUAAAAUGUUGGGCAGCUGCACAACCAUGUCAUGAGCUCUGACCAGUACCCUAAAAGGUUUUACAAGUGGGAGAUCCACACAACUCAUUGUCUUCAGCCCUCCUCUGGCAGAGGAACUGUCCAUGUCCACCCCCUUCUCAUGUGGCAUCUCUGGCUCAAUUUCCCCAAUGGAGUCUUCAGCACAUUUUAGUUAUGGAUGUGGUUUAGGCCUCUUGCCAAGUCACUGAGGAAGAUCUACCCCUUCCAUGUUAGCGAAGUCCCCAAGUCAAAGUCCAACGUAAACACAAACCACAAGAAUCUUUGGCCUUCUGGGCUCAAAUUUCAUCCCCCUUCCUUUCGCGCAGAUCCCAGCUGUAGCAGCUUGUCUUCACCACCACCAACAGGUUCCUGGUAACAAAUUAAACUGUCCUUCCUGGUUGGUCCCCAAGUAAGAUGGCUUUCUGCUUUUAACUGCCCUCUCCAUGCCUGACAGCUCUUGCAGGUGAAGCAGGGUGGGGCCAAUUACAUAUACCCCAUCAGACCUUCUUUCCUUUCCUCCUGCUCCUAUUUCCAGUGUUGCAGAACUGUAGAUGUUCCACUGUUUGUUUGGGGUUUUUUGUUUUUGCAAUGAGAGGAUUUUGGCCCUUAACUAGUAAGAAUUAAGAGCUCUGAGGAAAAUCUGGAUAAGAAUCAUGACAGGUAACAACAGUUAAUUAUGUUCAGAAAUGUUUUAUUGUACUGUAAGCAGCAAUGUGUCUAAUCUGUGGUAUGUAUAUGAAAUUCCGUUUCCAUUUUACUUAUAAUAAAGUAAAUUUAAUUAGUUAAAA